AUGGAGGUCCCAUUAAACCUAAAAAAUACUGAAAAUGCUCGCCGAGCAGCGCCCAACAUGAAAUGUUUGGCAGAUUUUGUAGUCGAAAAAGAAAUUGGAGAGGGCUCAUUUAGUACUGUCUAUCACGCCCGGGAGAAAGAAGGCGAAAAACGGGAGAUCGCACUGAAAGUUUGUCUGAAAAAGCUAAUUUUAAAGAAUAAAAUGGUAACAUAUAUUCAUCGCGAGAAAGAGGCGCUGGCGUUGCUCAGCCGAGAGGAAAACGCUCAUCCGGGUGUUGUCACCCUGUUUGCCACGUUUCAAGACGCUGAGAGCCUCUAUUUUGUGCUUUCCUAUGCGAAAUACGGCGAUUUGGUGAGUUUAAUCCAAAAACAACCGGAUGCCAAGCUCAAAGUUGAUGACGCCCGGUAUUAUGCAGCGAAUUUGUUGUCUGCGUUGGAACACAUCCACAAACUGGGAAUCAUUCAUCGAGAUGUAAAAGCCGACAAUUUGUUGGUGAAACACGAUGGACGCAUACUUCUAACCGAUUUUGGAUCGUCGAAAUUCCUAAAAGACUACGAGAAAGACACGAAUUCCAACGAAUCAUCGGUACCAUCGAGGAGGCGGAGCUUCGUUGGCACGGCGUUUUUUGUGACGCCAGAGGUGUUGACCCUAUACUUCUUUUUAACUGGAAACUAUCCAUUCGACGAUCUAUCCGAGUAUCUGGUUUUCAAGCGGAUUCAAGACGUUCUUUAUCGAUUUUCAGACGAUUUUCCAGAUGAAAAUGCCAGGGAUUUUAUUGAGAAAGUGCUUGUUAAAGAGCAAAAAGAGCGUUUGACAAGUGACCAGAUGAAGCGACAUCAAUUCUUUGAAUCCAUGGAUUUCGAGAAUUUACAAGAAAUCGAACCGCCCAGGAUUUAUUGA